CACGCCUGCCAUCCCCCUCCCCCUCCCACCCACCAUGGCUCCCUCCGCUGAUGCUGGCGAUGCCCAGCACGGCGCCGUCUUCUCCGUCUCCGGUCCCGUCGUCGUGGCCGAGCACAUGAUCGGCUGUGCCAUGUACGAGUUGUGCCGUGUCGGCCACGAUCAGUUGGUCGGAGAAGUCAUUCGCAUCGAUGGCGAUAAGGCCACCAUUCAGGUCUACGAGGAGACAGCUGGUUUGACGGUCGGCGACCCCGUCCUGCGCACCGGAAAGCCCCUGUCAGUCGAGCUGGGCCCCGGUCUGAUGGAGACAAUCUACGACGGUAUCCAGCGGCCCCUGAAGGCCAUCUCCGACCAGUCGAAGGGCAUCUACAUUCCCCGUGGUAUCGCUGUCAACGCGCUGGAUCGCGAGAGGAAAUGGGACUUCAAGCCGGGCAAGUACAAGGUCGGCGAUCACAUUACCGGUGGUGAUAUCUGGGGUACCGUUUUCGAGAACAGCCUGGUCAACGACCACAAGAUCUUGCUCCCUCCCCGCGCCAGAGGUACCAUCACCCGCAUAGCCGAGGCCGGCAGCUACACAGUCGAGGAGAAGCUGUUGGAGAUCGAGUUCAACGGCGUCAAGUCGGAGCAUGGGAUGAUGCACACCUGGCCCGUCCGUGUGCCCCGACCGGUCAACGAGAAGCUGCCGUCCGAUGCGCCCUUCAUCGUCGGCCAGCGUGUGCUGGACUCCCUCUUCCCCAGUGUGCAGGGUGGUACCGUCUGCAUCCCCGGUGCCUUCGGGUGCGGCAAGACUGUCAUUUCCCAGAGUGUGUCCAAGUUCUCCAACAGUGAUAUCAUCGUCUACGUCGGCUGUGGUGAGCGCGGUAACGAGAUGGCUGAAGUCCUGAUGGACUUCCCCGAGCUUUCCAUUGACAUCGACGGUCGCAAAGAGCCCAUCAUGAAGCGUACCUGCCUGAUCGCCAACACCUCCAACAUGCCCGUCGCCGCCCGUGAAGCCUCCAUCUACACCGGUAUUACGAUCGCCGAAUACUUCCGUGACCAGGGUAAGAACGUGGCGAUGAUGGCGGACUCCAGUUCUCGCUGGGCCGAGGCUCUGCGUGAAAUUUCGGGUCGUCUGGGAGAGAUGCCUGCCGAUCAGGGUUUCCCCGCCUACCUGGGUGCCAAGCUGGCCUCCUUCUACGAGCGUGCGGGCAAGAGUAUCGCUCUGGGCAGCCCCGAGCGCAACGGCAGUGUCAGUAUCGUCGGUGCGGUCAGCCCUCCGGGUGGUGACUUCUCGGAUCCCGUCACCAGCAGUACCCUGGGUAUCGUGCAGGUGUUCUGGGGUCUGGACAAGAAGCUGGCCCAGCGGAAGCACUUCCCGUCGAUCAACACCUCCAUCUCGUACAGCAAGUACACGACGAUCCUGGACCGCUACUACGAGAAGCACCACCCCGAGUUCCCCCGCCUGCGCGACCACAUCCGUGAGCUCCUGACCAAGUCGGAGGACCUGGACCAGGUCGUGCAGCUGGUCGGCAAGGCGGCCCUGGGUGACUCGGACAAGAUCACCCUGGACGUGGCGGCGAUGCUGAAGGACGACUUCCUGCAGCAGAACGGAUACAGUGACUACGACCAGUUCUGCCCUCUGUGGAAGACCGAGUACAUGAUGAAGGCGUUCAUGGGCUACCACGACGAGGCGCAGAAGGCGAUCGCCCAGGGGCAGAACUGGACCAAGGUCCGCGAGGCCACCCAGGACCUCCAGACCUCGCUGCGUGGCAUGAAGUUCGAGGUACCGGACAACGAGGCGGCAGUUUCCGAGAAGUACGAAAAGAUCCUCCAGACCAUGUCGGAGCGCUUUGCUUCGGUGUCGGAUGAGUAGAGGAGGACCUAGUCACCGGGUACCCGAAGGUCGUGCUGUCUAUUUUAUAUCCCGAGCUUGUAGCAUAGCCAAUUCCCAGUAUAUGUAGUUAUUGCAGUUGCCUUGAAGAAUUCCAGAAGAUUCCGCUGUU